GCUGGGUCGGUCACGUGACAUCGUACUUCCACAGUUAUUUUUUCAGGCAUGAUGGCGCCAAACGCCAGUAUUCACUUUUAUGUAAAUAUAAUAUUGAUUUGGUGCGUACCGCGAUCAAACACGAGCGUUCGCCGUAUCGCGGCCGGCCGUCGAAAGUAGCCCCGAGUAGCCGGGGUAACGCGCGGACCCGCCGGCGGAGUGAGUAACGGACUUGCCUGUGCCGCCCGCCUGGAAUCGCUAAUGAGGACAUGUUGGUUAGGCUGCCGUGACAGGGAGAGAGAGAGAGAGAGGACGAGGCCGUUACGCACUUGCAGGCAGCAGCCCGUCGGCGUGAACGCGGCGGCUCGGGAGCGCGCACGGCGAUUGCCGGCGGCCCCGCGGCCGGUUUCACGCCCGCUCGCAAUCACGUGCCGCCUCGCGCGCGGAAAUAUAUCCGGCUAAUAGAUCAAUAAUAAGCAGCAGCAGCAGCAGGAGCACCAGCAGCACCAGCAGCAGCAACGUAAUGGAGCCGUGAGCAUUCUCGUAGAUGUACGCAAUUGCAUCAAUCGCCCUUGCCGACCGUGAUCCGCCGUGUAUACAAUGAGAUUUAACGCCGCCCGCGGCCCGCUCGACCGUCGACACGUGCAUUCUGAAGAAAAUCUGCUUUCCAGAUAAUAAAUAUAUGGAUAACUAUGUAGGUGCAUACAGUUUACCUGCAUGUGCCACGUACCACUAGCUUAUUUGGCAUAGUAGAAUGGCACAACGAGGCAAGAGGCAUAGAAACGACAAUGAUCUGGCGUCUUGUCCGGGCGCUAUUAAGAGGCGCAAGUGUAGAUUGGGCCCAGCUGCCACUGGUUCAUCGGCAUUGGCAGCGACCAUGGGCCCCUCUGAAGAGGAGGAAACGAUGGCGUCAUCCAGCCAAGGAGGGGCACCCUGGACCGCCCGACCUGUCAGUGAUAUCAAGAUUCCCAGCAUAUACAAUCGAUCGUCCGCUGAAGCCCCGGCAGAGUUAUUUCGCAAAGAUCUGAUCAGCGCUAUGAAAUUGCCAGAUAGUGAACCAUUAAGUCCAAACGAAUAUUGGGUUAUAACUGAUCAAUGGAAACAGGAGUGGGAAAGAGGUGUUCAAGUACCAGUUAAUCCGGAUUCUCUUCCCGAACCGACGGUUACUGUUACGGAAACAUCUCCAUUGAAGUUACAAACUGAAUUCAAAUUGCCUAAAAAAUUCGUAAGAAUAUCCCGUGAUGAUUAUUUUAACUCAGAAGAUCAUCAUUUAAGUAAUACUCCAGCAAGAGCAGAGAAAGCUUGUGCUUAUGACCUUGACGAUACUGAUAUUGCCUGGUUGGAAGUAUUUAACGGUGAACGAGCGCAGGCUGGACAAAUGCCGGUUACAGAAUCGCAAUUGGAACGUGUAAUAGAAGAGUUAGAAGUACGAUGUUGGGAAAGGAUUCAAACAAUUGUGAAAAACGAGGAGGGACUCGGGAUUGAGUAUGAUGAAAAUGUCAUUUGUGAUGUAUGCAGAUCGCCGGAUUCGGAGGAGGGUAAUGAGAUGGUGUUUUGUGAUUGUUGCAACAUAUGUGUACAUCAAGCUUGUUAUGGCAUUACUUCGAUACCCGAUGGCUCUUGGUUAUGUAGAACUUGUUCGUUAAGUCAAAGACCCGACUGUGUAUUAUGCCCUAAUAAGGGUGGUGCAAUGAAGUGUACACGAAGCGGUCAAAAAUGGGCUCACGUUUCGUGUGCACUCUGGAUUCCCGAAGUUAGCAUUGGUUGUGUAGAGAGAAUGGAACCAAUUACAAAAAUAUCCAGUAUCCCGCAAAGUCGGUGGGCCCUAAUUUGCGUUUUAUGCCGCGAACGUGUGGGUGCUUGCAUCCAGUGCAGUAUAAAAACAUGUAAGACAGCGUAUCAUGUUACAUGUGCUUUUAAAUAUGGGCUUGAAAUGAAGGCGAUUAUCGAGGAUGAAAUGGCGGAUGAUGGUGUGAAAUUAAGGUCAUAUUGUCAAAAGCACAGUAGAACAAAUACAAAAGACAAAGUUGGCGUUGGGGGUAGCGUAGGAAGUGGUGGUGGAAAGGGAGGAUCAGAUUCCGAGGAUGGUGAAUCCAGACGGCGUAAACGAAAAGACAUGACUUCUGAAGAAAAAAAUCAAGCCCGCGCAGCCAAAUUGCAGGAAAUUGAAGCAGAAUUCGAUAAACAUGUUAGUAUAAAGGACAUUACCUCCCAGCAAUUGGAUAUAGAUCCCGACAGCAUUGUAUACAUUUAUAACUAUUGGAAACUUAAAAGAAGAGCCGGUCAUAAUAAACCAUUGUUGGCACCUCGUUGUGGCGAGUUAUCGAGCGCGGGCGCACGUGCUCAGGGUCAGGCAGCGGAUGUGGAGAAGAUGCGUACUUUCGUUCAACUGCGCCAAGAUCUGGAACGUGUACGUAAUCUGUGCUACAUGGUCGGUCGCCGCGAGAAACUUUGUCGCAGUUUCCUGAGACUGCGCGAACAGACCUUUCACAAGCAGGCAACGGUGAUGGCUGGGCCACCGUUGUCUCCGGCGGCAGCCGUUGCUGUCGUCGAGGCCAAUCAUGGGCCCUCGAUAUACGAUCGUCUCUAUUCCCAUCCCGAUGCUGAGGAUCAUACGCACGAUUUUGAAACGAUACUUGCCCGGAUUGCGGGUGUCGAGUCGCCCGCGCCGGCAUCGAGCGAUGAAAAGAAAGUACAACCGGACUUUAAUGGUGCAUCCAAUAAGAAGCUUUACUUCAACGGUUCCGUCAGACGGAAGAGCCUAUACGGCAGCGAUCUGUCGUCAAUGAGCAGCAGCGAAACAGACGCGACGAAACCGGAAAGAAAAGUCGGAAUUGGCAAAUGCACGAACAAGUCUAAAAGUUUAAAAGUCGGGAGCGAAUCGAGCACGGAAGAUGAAGGAAACACAACGACGAAGAACAAAACGUCGGUCACUAGACGAAAAUCAAAAAAGAACGCGUCGGACAGGGGAUUGCGGGUCAAAUUGCGCGACAGCAGUGAAAGCGAUAAACUGGAUACGGUCAACAAAUCGCGUACUCUGCAACAUAUGGAACUUGGCAGUUCUGGCAGUGAGAGCGAUGAGUUAUUGCCGUUGAGUACUAAUGCCGGUUCUCGCCUCGGACCAUCCGCUGCUUCCGCUAUAUAUUCGGACACCGAUUCAGACUCGCAGGAACAUCGUAAUCCGGAACAUCAUUCUGUACUUAUCACGAAAGCCGCGGUGAAGGAAUUUUCGGCGGCAGAUAUAUCCAAAAAUAAUCAGAAGAACUUUGCGUCUAAAGACGCUACAAAGUCAGAAUAUCAGGAUGAAUGUACGAAGAACAAGGAGAACAUGAAAAAUCCUAAGAAGAAGGAAUACAUACCAUCUGCUCUGAUAGUUCCGCAGCGGCAAGCAGCAAAAAAGGCGUCGGAGAUUAUGCAGCGAACGCAGAGUAAGAAGGAGAACACCACGAGUGAGCCUGUAGAGUUUGUGAAAUCACCCGGAGAACCUUUGAAACCGACUAAAGAAAAGCCUAGCAAGAAACAUCGUGACAACAAGACACCGAAGGAUGCUAAAAACAAUGACGUUUACGAUUUUGACAAGGAGUUUGGCGAUGGCACGGAAAUCCUCGCUUAUGUGCCGCAACGGCAGGCCGCGAAGAAAGCUGCGGAGCAUAUUAAGAGCGGUAUGGGCACGAAAACUGCUCAACCGGAUGUCGAGAUUGCGGACAUCAAACCAAAGAAAGAAUUGCCGGAUGGCGGUAAGAAGAAGGAAAUUGUCAAGAAGGAGGAAUCACCUAAGAAAGAGGAAUUACCAACGAGAAAGGAAGAGCCGCCGAAAGAAAAACGGGGAAAGAAACAGAUGCCCGAGAGUAGUAACAGCGAGAGUAGCAGCAGUGAAAGCAGCAGUGGCAGCAGUUCCUCGGAAAGUAGUAGCGAUUCCGAUGUAGCCAAGAGUCCAGUCCAGAAAAUGUCGAACAUUGUUAAGGAGCCAGCUUCCUCUUCCACUACUAAUACCACAUCCUCUGAAAGCGAUACCGGUAAUCAAGUAAAGAACAAAACCGUGAAUAAGCGACAGACGACGAAUAAAGUCGUAGACGAGGUAAUCGAGUCCGAAAAGAAGACUCUCGCGGGGCGGAAACUCAAGAGGCUGCCCGAUAAGAAGCUUAAAACUUCCGACGGGCGGCAUGGACCAGAGUUUCAGCCGCCGCUUAUUGAGAGAGAAGAAUCAAGUAGAGCCACAGUACCUAAAGAGCCACAGCAACAACAGCAGCAGCAGCAGUCACUUAGUAAGAAAGCCGAUCAAAGAGAUUCCAAAAAGUCAGCAUCCCUGCAAUCCCAACAGUCAGGUGAACAAAGUGUGCUCGGUGGUUCUCGAGAUAAUGAUGGGCUACGAAGUGUUUCUGGGGCCAAGUCUACUAAGAAAUCAAGUCAGUCUAAGCAGAUGCAACAACAACAGCAGUUCACUCUCAGAAAUAAGGAAGACGGCAGCGGCGGCGGAACAACGCCCAGAACGAAGUCGGAGACUCGCAAACGAAAAUCAAGUGAGGUUACCGCAAAGGAUGACAAGGGUAACAAAGAAACGACACCGCUCAAGAAAGUGGAAAAGAAACUAACGGAGAAAAUAAACAAGGAAACCGAAAAGGACAACAAACAUGAUGCUAUUAGUAAUAAGAAUGUUUCCGCAGAACCUCCGAAAACGACUGAAAAUACUACUAAGAUGGAUGAUAAAAAAGUCAAGAAAACUAGCAAUAGGAAUGCGAUCAAUACAUUGGAGGAGGAAAUGAAGCAACGACGAGCAGAACGGGACAGUCCAAAGAAGUCGUCGAGAGGAUUGGAUAAACUUCUCGAAAAGCGCGAGCAUCUAGAUAAACUAUCAAGGAGCAAAAUUGCUACUCAGGAGGAGAGAUCUGCAUGCAAUGAGAACAAAGACAAGGUCACAGCAGCGGAGAAACACGUUAUAAAGGAAACUAUUAAGAACGAGAACGUCAAGAAUCAUAUGAAUGAGGAAAUCGCGGUGCUAGAUGUCAUGAAAUUGGAGAAGGAGGAUGUAAAGAGAGACAUUGUUGAGAUUACGCCGGAAAAGUCUGCAGAUAGGAAAAAGAAAGCAGAGCAAAAGCUCGAGAGCGAGACGCAGGCUGCCGUUGAGAUGAUAACAAUCGAAGAGAACAGCGCUAAAGAAUCUAACAUUGAUAACAUCUGCUCAAGAUCGGUGCUCGACAAACCCGAAGCAGCGAUACCCGAGAAGGAGUGCCAGCAAAAAAGGAGGAAGUCCGUCAAUCGUUCAAUCUUUUCGCCGCAGCACGGCAGCAAGGAUCCCAGCGUGUCGGAGCUAUUCGACUUUGAUCAGGACAUACUGACCGAUGAUAUAGUGAAUGACGAUGGCUUUAGCAUACCACGCGAUGAAGAGCGAGGAGCGGCACCUCUUUCGUUUUCCUUCAACAACGAGCUUUGGUUCAAAGAAGACAAAGAGGAUAGUGCGCGUGAAACUCUGCAUCUAGUGGAAAAAUUGCGUUUGGAACUAUCGAAAAAAUCGAAUUCUAGUCAGUUCGAAUUGGAAUCCGUUCCGGCGGAAGAAGAACUUCCGAAAAAAGAAGAGCCGCCUUUCCAUUCGGUUGAAAAGCCAGCAAUCGAAGAGCAGCAGCCGAUGCUUCACAGCAAGGUAGAUGUAUUGGAGCAACAAUCGGUGGAACAACAGCCGCAACCGAUUGUGCAGCCGAUUGAGAUGAAAAAUAAUAGCGGGCCGGAACCCGUGCAAGUAUCCGAGGAUCUUACAUGCAAAAAUCACACUAUUGAAGACAAAAGAAAGCCCUGCUAUUCGAGCAAUAGCAAUAAUGAGCAACAUUACAUGUACGGAAAUGAGGAGCGCGAGACGGCCAAGGUGACAGUCGUAGAGCGUGCAAAGCUCGACAGGGCCGAGGCGGAUGAGAGAUGGGUACCGCCGAGCAUGGAUAAUUUUAAUCCGAACGAUGUGCAACAUUUGAACACGCUAAUCGACAACCAGAACCACCGUUAUGCCGCCGCGGCUGCUGUCGCGCAUCAAUUCUCGAACGACAUCAGUGCCGUAAUGCCGGAUCCCACGACGAAUCCUGAUGCGGCUCUAGUCGCGCAUUUGCAGCUCAAUAUGAACAUGCAGGAUCAGUAUCUGCAGUUGCAGCAGACGCACCCAAUGGAGCGGGUGCAACAGCAUCUAGAGGCGCAGCAUGCCGUGGCACAGGAGCAAUCGCGCGUGCAAUCUCUCGCGAUGAUGGAUCAGCAGCAAGUAACUGCGACUGGUGCGGGAAUACCGGCGCAGAUCGUCGACGAGAUCACGCCUAUGGAAAUGGUAAAUCGCCACUUGAUCAGUCUACCUAACUCGGAAGACUGCGAUCAGGGCAGCGAGAUGGAUCGCGUACUAGAUAAGGAGGAUGUCUCUUCGGAUCUCAGGCAGGACUACGCGCCGAGUGGUUCGCCCUACAACGAGCUCAAUGGUCGUCCGGAUACGCGAUGGGCCGAGAGCCAGGUGCUGCCUUCGCGUAGAUCUACGUCAUCGUCCAUCACGUCCGCAUCUUCCGCAGAGGAACACGCAGCCAUACCACCUUACAAGAACGUACCUCCGAUACCACCGUACCCACCGUGCACAAUAGAUGCGACGCCUUACCAUUCGUAUUCGGAGACCGGCUCUUAUGGUGCCGGAGCGGUGUCGUUGUUCCCGCCGCAGUCGUGCGCCGCCCAGUUGCCGUAUCCGUCGCCGUUCCCACCGCCUUUCGGCGCACCUUUCCCGACUCCGCCAUCCCUGCUGCCACACGUGCCGAAACCGCUCGAGGAAUCGCUCAACAUGCAAGCAUCGCCGUGCACCGCCGCAUUUACCUCGUCGUCGCACAACAUGGCGCUCACCGCGGCCAUGGUAUCGCCAACGAAGGUAACUACGCCGCCACCGCCAGCACCGCCACCGGCAGCACCAUCGGUGUCUCAACAGCAACCACAGCAGCAGCAACCACCAUCGACGCAGCCGCCAUCCUCGGAAACACCGGGGCACACGCCGUCUUUGUUGCCGCAGCAGGUUAAUUCGCCUACCGUACCGACGUCCUUCCUCAAUGCUAUCGCAGAGACGCAAGUCAGCAGCGAAACCGUCGUGGAAAAUAUAACGGAGGUACUUGGUGCGGACAACAAAAGUGCGUCGUCCGGAAAGAAGUCGCCAUCGAAACCAACAAGAACGUCUGCCAGGGUGACAUCGUUGCAGGGUAAAUCGCCCGGUAAAUCGCCACGUCAAGAAACCACCAGAACCGCACCGACCGCUCGCGGUCGCGGUAGAGGUGUUAAGGGAUCUCAACAUUCGAGUUACCGCGGUCGCGGUCGCGGCCGGGGACGGGGACGCGGCAGGAACAAUCAGAAUGCUUCUAUCGCGAUGAUGCCACCGAUGUCGAACGCACUGCAUAACGACGAUUCGAUACAGAACAAGCUUGUAGGCACCGUGUAUGAUUUUGAUUCGGAUGAGGACUCCGCGAACGAGACCAAUAUCGCGGAUCUACGAACGAUGCGUGAACGAAAAAGAUCCACCGACGUGAACGAGAAGACGCGGAUCAGCGAGCCACUCGGCAUGGCGAACGACGGCAGUAUCCAGUCCCUGUCUAGUCCCACGCUGCACGCCGCAAAGAAAUACGCCGAUGACAAGAAGCUUUCGUCACCGGCAGCGCAUCACGAUCAUCAGGCUGCCCUGGCCAAGUCCGAGUCGAGCGUUGGUCAUCAGGCGUUCGUCGACAAUACCGUUAUGCCGUUGUUACCAGGCCCAGUAGAUAUGCGCACGUAUAACUCGACCGUGGACCAACCGAGCUCGUCGGUCCACGGUCAGCCCUACGGCAAUCAUUUGCUGGGUACCUUUGCCGCGAGCGUAUCCGCAGAAUCGAACUUGCCAGACAUUGACGAUUUGGAGAACGAGAUAUUGCACGGCAACUGUUACGUAUUAAAGAAGCUCGCUGGCAAACAGCAGCACCUCGCGGGCGGCGGCUUUGAGGACCCUUGCUCUAAACCAGUCUUUGCUGAUCCGUCAGUGAUGGAUCCGUCGUCCGCAACCAGUUUUGAAGCCAACAAAGUUUCCUUGACCGAUUCUAGGAAUCAGUUGAAGGUGAAGAUCAAAGGCCCAUUUCUUGACGCGAACUAUGUGCCAGCAUCAUCGGUACCACCGUUGGCCCAACAAGCGCCGGUGAUAAUCACACCGGCCGCCACCAGCGCGUCUGUUGCUUCAGGCACAUCGAAUCUACGUCGCAUGCGUAAGAAGGAGCUGCUGCGCCAAUAUUGCUCGCAAGACAUGAACAUGGAUGAUCCAGUAUGCGGUAGCGUCGCUUCCGCUCCUAUAAUUCCACCCGUCAAUCGGACGGUCAUCACCAUCCCCAAGGCCGUGGCGUCCAUGACGAGUAUACCAACUCGUGAUGACUACAAAGCGGUCGUCGACGCGAACAUGGAGAAGAAACGACGGAAAGAACGCGGAGGCGGUGGUGGCAGUGGCUUCCUUGACGUAGUAGCUGGCGAGGAUGAGAGUAGUUCCGACAGGAGACGCAGUAUUGUGGUAGGGUCCGUCAGCGAUCGUCGAAGAGGCAGACAAACCAGACCUACCGCGACCAGUGCCGGGCCGCCGAAGCUGAAGAUCAAAAUCGGGAGCAGUAUAAUAGGCGGUCAGGAGAUAGGCAACAUACAGGACGAUCGUAGCAGGAUAAGACCGCCGAAGAAACGACUGAGCAGCAUCCCGAGCACCCCGAGCAUGGAAGAGCUUCGUCGUGAGAGUAUGAAGUUCCGCAAGAUGAUUAUGGCGGGCUUUGACAACGACGAGAAGACAAAGAGCAAGCGCGACAAGAAUGGCAAGCGAAAGAAGCGGCAAUCCAAAAAAGAGGCACGAGUGCAAAUCCUAGAGGACGGUCCGGCACCGCCCAAGAUCAUCAUACGGUGGGGCAAGGUGGCGGGCGCGAACUCCUCGACGACGACAACGAACAACGACGCACCUAACGACGCGCCGGCCACCGGCGACGAAGACGACAAUCAUCAGCAGGCAUCGUCGGACAAGGACAGCCGAGUGGGUCCACCGCCGCCCGAGCCGACCCACAAGGACGAAGUGGGAAUAUACCCAACAGGGGAAAGCGGCGUCAACGAGAAGCAGCCUACGGACCCGAACGCCGGCGUCGCUGCUCUCGGGAACGUCCGUUCGGCCAAGUUAACGCCGAUCCGGUUAAAACUUACGCGCUGCCAGGAGGGCUACGAACUGAAGGAUCCGGUGCGAGUAGCGAGUAGCGCGAGUGCGGACGACGAUGGUGGUGGUGGUAAUAGUAGUAGCAGUAGUAGCAGCAGCAGCAGCAGUAGUAAUAGUAGUACUAGUGCGACGACAACGACGGUGACGUUGGUGAACUCGGUGGCGCCGUUGCCAAUAGGUGAUGUCGAACAGGAAGAGGACGAGGAGACAGCGACGGCGGCGUCGACGGCAGAACGAUUGUCGGCCUCCGAUAUCGUCAUCCCCGUUGCCGCCGCCGCCGCUGAGACGAGGUCCGAGCAAGAGGAGCAGCAUGCUCUGUCGUGCACGGAGAAACAAUCUUCCAAAGAGGACGAUAUUCCAUUGCUGCCCCAGUCCGCGAAUCACAGCUCAUCGCCGGGGCGUCCGCCCGCACCGCUCCCGCAAGGAUGCCAAGUUAGGUGAUAAUUAAUGAUAAUUGUAUAAUACAGUAAUUUAGUGGUUCUUUCUCUUAGACGAUUCUAUAUAUUGUACGCGUGUGUGUAUUACGUAUUUACGUACGGCAUCUCACUGGGUUGGCGAUCCUCCGUGCCGUACUUACGUAUACGUAAGAUACACUCGUCUACGCAUACGCAACACACACAUACACACACAACAGUUGUAUAUUGUUCAAUGUUGAGACAGAGACUCACUAGAGAAAACGUUGUAAGAGUGUAAUAUAAAUUAUUGAUUAUUGUAAAUGAUCUGAGGGUGAAGUGAAAUUUCACAAAGUGCCCAAAAUUUACGGUAAAUACUACAAAAAAGAAAAAAAAACACAUGCAUUUCUUCGGAUGUAUAAGCGACCCGCGCUAAGGUGUACUCUUGUUGCGCAGUCGAAUCUAUAAAGCUCACUUAUCUUUAUAUCUAAUUCUUUCCUUUUAAUAACGCGGAUCAAA